AAAGUGAGCACAUGCAGUCCGGCACCGGUAACCUAAAGGGAAUGACACACUACCUCUAAUUCCUGAUGGCUUUUUAUCCCCCUCCCACUGAGAGGUAAUAAAAGGAAUCUGCAGAACCUCAGAGGAUUGUUUACACUUGGAUACUGUUGGGGAUAGACAUCCAGUAAUUGAGAGAAGUUUAAGGACAACCGAACAAUCCAAGGAGUUAUACUUGUACUAACUUAGCUCAUAGCUCUACUAUGAAGAUGCUGAAUGUGGACUUAGUAGUUUUAAGCUUCUUCCUGGGUCUGGGGACAGGAUACAGUGCUGUGGGUAAGAGACAAUAUCAGAUUCAAAACGGGCCGUGCAGCUACACCUUUCUGCUGCCUGAGCAGGAAAACUGCCAAACCCAGAGCAGCAACUACAACUAUCCAGAUCAAAAGGAUGGACCCGUGGACAACGAGGAGUCGGCUCAGAGGCUGGAACAACUAGAGAUCGUUAUGGAGAACAACACACAGUGGCUGCUUAAGCUGGAGAACUACAUACAGGACAACAUGAAGCAGGACAUCGUCCAAAUCCAACAGACUGCUGUACACAACCACACAGCAACGAUGAUUGAAAUCGGAACAAACCUGCUGAGUCAAACCGCAGCGCAAACAAGGAAACUGACCAAUGUGGAGGCACAGGUAAUUCAUCACACAACUCGACUUGAGCGUAGACUUCUUGAAAAUUCCUUGUCAACAAACAAGUUGGAAAAACAACUAAUUGUCCAAACAAAUGACUUAAGCAAGCUGAAUGACAAAAACAGCUUUCUGGAGAAAAAGGUGGAGGAGAUGGAGCAGCAGAGAAAGGUGGAGCUGAAGAUGCUUAGAGACGAAAAACAGCAGCUUCAGACUCUAAUACUGAGGCAGACGGCCAUUAUAGGCCAGUUGGAGCAGCAGCUGCUUAAAGUCUCCUCUAACAACACCGUACUGCAGCAUCAGCAGCAGGAGCUACUGGACACCGUGAACAACCUCAUUCUCACCCUCUCUGUCGGCUCGGCUCGAGAGAGCAAAACUGUCAUGAUGCAGGACACUCCUACCACGUUCAUGGACUGUGCUGCCGUCUUCAAGUCCGGAAACACCCAAAGUGGAGUCUACACGCUCACAUUACCAAACACUACAACAGAGGUUAAGGCUUUCUGUGACAUGGAGACAGAAGGAGGUGGGUGGACAGUACUACAAAAACGCUUUGACGGCAAUGUUGACUUUCACCGUACGUGGCAAGAGUACAAAAAGGGGUUUGGAGAACCUUCAGGUGAAUUUUGGUUAGGAAAUGAAUUUGUCUCCAGGAUGACAAUUCAACAGUCCUACAAACUACGGAUCCAGCUGAGUGACUGGGAAGGAAACUCUGGAUUCUCCCAAUAUGACCAGUUUUCUCUCAACAGUGAAGCACAAAAUUACAGGAUACACCUUAAAGGCUUCAGUGGAACUGCAGGCAAAAUAAGCAGCAUCGGGCAGCCAGGAAGUGAUUUCAGCACAAAGGAUGUGGACAAUGACAAAUGUGUUUGCAAAUGUUCACAACUGACAACAGGGGGUUGGUGGUUCGAUGCCUGUGGUCCGUCCAAUUUGAAUGGGAUGUAUUACCAGGAAGGCCAAAAUGCAAAUCGCUUCAAUGGAAUCAAAUGGUACUACUGGAAAGGCUCGGGCUACUCACUGAAGUCCACUGCAAUGAUGAUCAGACCGGCAGACUUCUCAGGUUCCCUUUGAACCGUCACGCUCAGAUUAAACAAACUGCCCAACAAACAGCAACAAAACCAAAAAGAGAAAUUCUCAAGGGAACCAAAGCACUUCAUGAAUAUAUUUUUACAUACCUUUGGAAAGACAUAUUUUGUGCAUGUUUAUGUGUUUAAUAAUUUAAAUCAAAUGGGUUUUUGCAAGAAAUUGUGACGAUUAAAAUGUGACAUUAAUUAAUCUAAUUUCUUUAAAUAUCUUAAUGUAGUUCAAGCACCCAUUUAACUAUGUUUUGAAUAGUAGCUGCCUAUGUCAUUGUAAAAAAGAGACUAUGGUACAUCACGCAGAUAAACAACUCGCUCAAAGUGAUUGUUCUGUAUCUGUUGAAUGCAUAAAAUGUAAAUGCAAAUGUAAAAAUGCCACAGAAGAUGUUUCUCUUAAGAUAACGUUGUUUUCCUCGCACGAAUGUAUGUAAGUUUGUUUUUUAAUUUAUAUGUAGAUUUUAAUUUCGAUAUUUAACAUUUUGUUACAGAUCUUAAUGUCCUAGCUAGUUAACGAUUGCACUGCACAUCAACUAAGAGGAAUCCUUCUAAUAUAAAUCUCCCUUCCCACGUGCUCAUACAUGACAAUCUUUAUGCAGUCUGUUGAACUUUAUUUUUCUUUAACUUAUGUAAUGUUUCUUUUGAAGCAACAUGCAAAAUGUAUAAGAAAGUGAGAAACACUGGCUUUAGACUUUUUUAGACUUUGACUGUAAUGCUCUACCCGCUUAUAUAUAACAGAAGUUGAAUAUUAAACACAACCACAAGGCAGAGAGCUUAAGACGUAAGCUUCAACUCUAAAGUCCUCUUCAGCAAAAAUUCCUGUUCUCCACUUUAACGUUGAACAGUCUGGUGAACGCACAAUUCACAAUUCCAGAUCACCACAUCUAUUUCAGCAAUGUUUGAUCAUUUCAAGAACAAAAUAAAAUUUCUAAAUGUU